CAUCGAGCAACGGAGUGCAUCUGUAACUUCAACAUACCGUCGAAUUCUUUCUAUUUGCAGGGGAUCGCAUAUCAACAAGUAAUACUUCAUCAUCAAGGCCGAUUGCGAUGAGCUCAGGUAGCGAUCCAGUGCAAAGCACCCCGCUGGCCCGUUUCGCGUGCGAUUAUUGCCGACAGAAGAAGUUCAGAUGCUCUAGGGAGCUGCCAAAAUGCAGUGCCUGCGUUCCAUGGCCUGGACCUUGCAAUUAUUCUCGCGACCGUCUAAAGUCAGUACCGACUCAUAGUCAGCCCAGUUCAGUGCCAGUCCAAGGGCAGCCACCAACUCAGGGCCAUGAAUCGACGCCACAGCUCGCAAGUACACGAGAGGACUCCACGGUGGGAUCUCGACUUUGCAGCAUAGAACGCACACUUGACCGCUUGACCGCGUUAGUAGAAAAUGCUGUUGUGCAGGGCUCAUCCGAGAAGGAGCCGAGAAACGAUGCUCAGGUUCCUUCUCGAGCGCAUCAGUCUGGCAGUAAAAACGAUGAUCGGGCCCCCAGGUUAUUUGUUGGCGCCUCUCAUUCUUUCUCUUUCGUGAGAGAGGCUACUGAAAAAUUCGGACGACAUCUGGAAAUCCUAGUCGUUCGUCUCAGCAAGAGACGGACGCUCAGUCUGGGCUCCAGUUUCUAUCGACGUCCCUAACUACCGCAGCAGUCGAGCCCGUGCAUAACACGCAUGCGGCAGGAUUCUAUAUACCUUCCAGAGCAACAGACUACAAGCUUAUUGGAACCUUUCUGGAACACGCGCCAA